CCUAUGGAACCCGCCUUUUCUUUCGAGGAUAGGAUCAACUUUUUGGGGGUGAUGUUGAAGGUUGAUGAUAGGCUAAGUGGGAAAUACGCGAGAAUAUGUGUGGAGAUAGAUUUGGAUAGACGUUUGUUGUUGAAUAUUAUGCUUUUGCUGUGGUCGAUAUGGACACAAGAAAGGUAACUGUGUUGAAAGAGUUAGUGAUGUUUGAGAGAAAAUGCAGGGGAAGAUUGAAGAGAUUGUCGAGGAUUUAGUCGCGAAGGAAGUAGAGCUAUGUUUGAUGGAGGACUUGAUUGGAGAGCGUAGGCAAGAACUUGAGAAAAAAGAGAAGGAGCUUUAUCAAGUCAUGGAUGACAUUUCAAACAGAAGCAUUUGGAAAGCCAAGUGAAGGAGCUGGUGAAUGAUUUGGUGUGUUGAGACAAAAGCAGUUUGAGAGCGGAAUGAAGGACCUUGAGUUAAAAGAGAAGCAGCAUGAAGGUCGGGUGAAGGAGCAUGAAUCAAAAACGAGAGAAUUUGAAGGUCAAGUGAUAGAGCUGGUGACUGAUUUGGUAUUAAAUCAGAACGAAGGAACUUGAGUCGAAAGAGAAGCAACAUGAAGGCCAGGUGGAGGAGCAUGAAUCAAAAAAGAGAGAAUUUAAAGAUCAUGUGACGGAGCUGGUGAAUGAUUUUGUAUUGAAACAGAAGCUUUUCGAAAACCGAAUGAAGGACCUUGAGUCGAAAGAAAAGCAAUAUGAAGGCCGGGUGAAGGAGCACGAAUCAAAAGAGAGAGAAUUUGAAGGUCAAGUGAAGGACCAGGAAUCUAAACAGAAAUUGUUUGAAAGGCAAGUUAAGGAGUUGGAGUCAAAAGAUAACCAACUUGUACGCAAAAUGAAGGAGUUUGAGUCAAUAGAGAGAGAAUUCGAAAGCCAAAUGAAGGAGCUGGUAUUGAAACAGAAGCAUUUCGAAAGCCAAAUGAAGGAACUUGAGUUGAAAGAGAACCAAAAUGAAGACCGGAUGAAGGAGCAUGACUCAAAGAAGCGAGAAUUUGAAGGUCAAGUGAAGGAGCUAGAAUCUAAGAAGAAGCACUUUGACAGCCAAGUGAAACUGUUUGAAUCAAAUUAUAACCAACUCAAAAUGCCAAACGAAGGAGUUCUUUUUAAAAGUGAGGGAAUUUGAAAGCAAAAUGAAGAAACUGGUAUUGAAAAAGAAGUGUUUUGAAAGCCGGAUGAAGAUGCUUGAGUUAAAAGAGAAGCAACAUGAAGGUCGGGUGAAGGAGCAUGAAUUAAAAGCUAGAGAAUUUGAAGGUAAAGUGGAGGAGCUGGAGUCUAAAAAGAUGCAUUUUGAAAGCCAGGUAGAGGAGCUCAAAUCCAAAGAGAUGCAAUUGAUUGGACAAAUUGAAGAACUUGAAGGCCGAAUGAAGGAGUUUAAAUCAAAAGCGAGAGAAUUUUCUGAAGACCGAGUGAUAGAUCUAAAACCAGGAACCCGAUGGACAUACUCUGACGGUGAAGGUUGGUUACUGUUCACUGGUGAACACUGCAUCGCUGAAUGCCUAGUUGGAGACGAAACUGGAACCAUAAUCUUCAGAGGACAACAAACAGGUGGACCUCGUGAAACCUGGUGCUACUUUAAGUCUGCGUAAUGCUAAAAUUAACCUGUUCUGGGAACAUAUGAGGCUGGCAGUUGAUUGGCGGGGGUGUAUACAGCUCACAGAACCUGCAAGUUUUGAAGUUAGAGAGGAUAACAAUCUUUCAGAAGAUAAAUAUGAUGAAUCUAGUGGCCGAAGUCGUUGAAGAGUGAUUUCAGCUUCUGAAGUGAAUCUUCCGAAUUUCGUGGGGUUCCAAUUUUUAGUUGGACCAUUGAACAAUUGACUACUGUUCAUGUUUUUAUAUGGUACAGUCUGCUUAUUUAGUCUUAAGAUUGUUGUGGUUAAUGCUAAGAUUUACAUUUCAGGUCAUUUUUGAUAGUUGAUAAUGCUUGUGCUUAUGAUGCAACCCUAAGUAUUGUUAAAUAUUUUGCAUAUUAAAGUGCAUACAGUUCUCUUUGAGAAAAUCACUAAGCUUUAUCUGCAAAUGCAUUUGUGAAGGUAGCAUAUGUUAGUGUGUUACUGUUCUUGCAAAU